AUUCAAGGGUGACAGGACGGUCUUCCCCGAGGAGACAUCUGGCAGCUCCUCUUCCCCUCGCCUGGCUUAUGAUCCCAGUCCCAGCUCCUGGCGCGUGCUCUCCCGCUCCGCAGACCCCGGCGCCCAACAGCUGUGCCUCCAGUCGGGGCUCGGCUCCCCGUGCCCACGAGCGCGCGCCCAACCGGACGUGUCGGGAGCGCGCGGCGGGGGACGAUGGAGCGCGGGGCGGAGCGCGGCGAGGGUUGCGCGGCGCGUGCUGGCUCCCGGCACGCCCGGCUGCCGCCCGGCUCCCAGCGCUCGCUGGUCGGAGGCUGGAGACCGCCCGCCUACUCGCCCACCGCGGGGGAACGUGCUGCUGACCCGCGCCUGCGGCCUGAGAGCCAGGCGCGCCCGGAGAGGACGCGGAGCCAUGAGCUGCCUGCCGGGGAGGGUGGUGGCGCUGCUGCUUGGGCUGCUGGUGGAGUGCACAGAGGCCAAAAAACAUUGCUGGUAUUUUGAAGGACUCUAUCCAACAUAUUAUAUAUGCCGCCCCUAUGAGGACUGCUGUGGCUCCAGGUGCUGCGUGCGUGCCCUUUCAAUACAAAGACUGUGGUAUUUUUGGUUCCUCCUGAUGAUGGGCGUGCUCUUCUGCUGUGGAGCUGGCUUCUUCAUCCGGAGGCGCAUGUACCCUCCGCCACUGAUCGAGGAGCCUGCAUUCAACGUGUCCUACACCAGGCAGCCCCCAAACCCUGCUCCAGGAUCCCAGCAGCCGGGGCUGCCGUAUUACAGUGACCCUGGAGGACUGGGGAUGAAUCCUGCCGGGAAUCCCAUGGCGAUGGCUUUCCAGGUCCAGCCCAACUCACCCCAGGGAAGCACAGCCUACCCACCACCCCCUUCCUACUGCAACACUCCCCCACCCCCGUAUGAACAGGUGGUGAAGGCCAAGUAGCAGGAGUGCUGACUGUGACACCUGCCUGUGCGACAGUUGCCAGGGAGACAGGGAGAGGUGCUGUCACUCCACCUUCCCUGUCCUCAUCAAUGUUCACUUCCAGGAAUGGUCUUAUGAACUACUGAGGGAAAAUUCCUCUUUGAUCUCUUCAAAGCAAGCACAGCUCCCUUUCAAGUUUUCUAUGGAGGACCAAUAUUUGAAAUCACCCUCUGUCUCCUCUGCUCCUUCCGUUUCUGAUAUAAUCUGUGCUCUGGCAGAGUGUGGACAGUCUCCAAGGGUCAGCUCCUUAGAGUGGCAUACCCAGAUCCUUAGGAGAGAGAGACCAAGAGGAGGAGUCAGGGCAGAGCCGGUGUGUGU